AUGCUGGCUCUCGAGCGCAAUGCUCGUAGUUUCUUCCUCCAGUGUCGAGCUUCUGCGCGAUGUCGACCAUCGCUACCCAUCCUGUUUUGCGGAAAGCCCCAGCGACGCGGUCUAGCAGCGGCGAUCGAACCAGAAAGACCUGCAAAUGCCGCUGCAGGGAAACCUUACUACGUGACAAGUCCCAUCUUCUAUGUCAACUCAGCACCCCAUGUCGGCCACCUCUACACGUUAGUCCUCGCAGACGUCCUCAAACGGUGGGCAAAGCUUCGCGGCGACGAGAAGGCGACCCUGCUGACCGGAACCGAUGAACAUGGCAUGAAGGUGCAAAAGGCUGCUCAAAAGGCGAAUGCCGAUAUUAAGUUGUUCUGCGACCACCACGCUGAGCAGUUCAAGACGCUGUGUCACGCAGCCAAUAUCGACUAUGAUCGCUUCAUCCGGACCACUGACGAGGACCAUAAGGAUGUUGUCCGAUAUGUCUGGGAAGAGCUGAAUCGCAGUGGGUAUAUCUAUGAAGCCAAGCAUGAGGGAUGGUACUCUGUCAGCGACGAAACAUUCUACCCCUCAACCCAAGUCCACAAAGUCCUCGACCCCUCAACGGGUCUAACGAAGAUCGUCUCCAUCGAGACUGGGAAAGAUGUGGAAUGGACUUCGGAGCUGAAUUAUCAUUUCAGGUUGUCCGCUUUCCAGGCCCCCCUGCUAAAGUACUACGAGGAACACGCAGGCGCCAUUGUCCCGAAGCAACGCAUGGCCUUCGUUAUGGACGAGAUUCGAAGUGGACUUAAAGACCUCUCUAUUUCCAGACCCUCGUCACGGUUGACAUGGGGAAUUCAGGUUCCAGGUGAUGAGAGUCAGACCAUCUACGUCUGGCUCGAUGCCUUAUUCAAUUACUUGACGAUGACAGGAUAUCCAUUUGUCAACAGAAAUGACCCGAAUAUGGUUUGGCCACCCAAUUGUCAAGUCAUCGGCAAAGAUAUCAUUCGUUUUCACACCAUAUAUUGGCCUGCUUUUCUAAUGGCGUUGGGGCUUCCUGUGACUGAAAAGUUCCUGACCCACGCUCACUGGACGAUGAACAAUGAGAAAAUGUCCAAGUCAGCCGGCAACGGAGUCAAUCCGUUCUACGCCAUGGAUCGAUUCGGAGUGGAUUGUAUUCGGUUCUUCAUGGCACACAAUGGGGGUAUUGUCGACGAUGCUACGUACGACAACUCUUUCAUCGAAGAAACAUACAAUCAUUUGCUGAGGGGUGGUUUCGGAAAUCUGAUCCAUCGCGUCUUUAAGAGCAAGCACUUCGAUGUCCGCGAAGCGGUCAGGCUGGCCGCCAGUAACCCGGAAAAACAGACCAUUCGUGCCAGUCUUAGAAGUCAUCAUGCCAAGUUAUGCUCUGUGAGAGAGAUUGCAGACAACCACAUGAAAGAGCCAGAUCCCCGCAAGGCUGUCCAGUCAAUUUGUGAACUGAUCGGAGAGACAAACAAGUUCUUCCACAACACUGAAGUCUGGAAGAUUAUCAAAAGUGCCGACCCCGAAACAAGACGUAUCGCGAAUUAUGUCCUUUUCACGAGUGCGGAAUCUGUCCGAAUCAUGGCCAUUCUGCUUCAGCCGUUUAUGCCCGAGAGGAUGAAAGCCGCCCUUGACUUGAUGGAAGUCGACGAAUCAAAGAGGUCACUGGAUGACGCUCUUUUUGGUGCAGAUUUCACAUAUGGUCCUCCAGCGCUGAAGGCUGAUUCAAGGUCGGCCGGUGGCGUCAUUUUCCCUAUGCUAUUGUCAGCCCAUUGA